CUGUAGCCGAAAGGGAUCAAUCGUCACACGUGUUUACGCUGGAUGUUGUCAAACGUUUUUCUUGAGUCCCGGAAAUUAAUCGCUAUUUUUGCUCUCGUCCUUUCUCUUCCGCUCCGUUGAAAUGGACAGAAAGGAAGACGGAGAUUGUCUCUUUCUUGAGCACGUUUUGGAUAAACUAUACGAGUUUGAUGAUGGAUCAAAAAAGAAGUCUCAAAAGAAGAAAAAAAGAAAAGGCUGUGAAGAAGAGGAGGAGUUCCCUGGGGUCAAAGGUCACUGCAGUGAUCCUGAAGACAACCAAGAAGUUUGUGUUGGAAAUGAAGACCAGCAGCAAACAGGUCCACCCAUCCAGCGAGCGAGCCAGGUGGAGGUUGUAACGUAUCAGGACGCCAGAAAGAAACGGAAAACCAAGCCGACCGCAGAGCCCCCCAAAGUGCCCACCAAAGUGCCCAAUACGACGAACAAGAAGGAAAGCAACCAGCCAGAAAAGCUCAACUUGGAAAAGGCUCGUCUCGAUGUCCAUCGGUUUGGAAUCACCGGCUAUAAAAAGGAGCAGCAGCGUGUUUUUGAGCAGGACAGAGCCAUCAUGCUGGGAGCCAGACCUCCCAAAAAGGACUACGUCAACUACAAGAUGCUGCAGCAGCAGAUCAGAGACAAGAAGCAGAAAGCAAAGGAGGAGGUUCAGCUGGACCUGAAGAAAAAGAAGAAGCCGAGUAAUUCAAGGACCAAGAAGAACGUGUCCUCUGGUUCUGGCUCAGCACCCACAGGUCAGGUGGGACGUUUUAAGAACGGCAUGCUGAUCCUCAACACCAACGACAUCCAGAAAAUCAAAGGCAACAAGAGACGCAAAUAGGUGAGGCAAAUAAACCCUCCCAGGAUGGACAAACAUCCAGUCAAAUCAAAGGAAGGACUGUCCUCCGAACACCCUGUGACUCAUCUUACCGCAGGACGGGGGGCAGUGCGAUGAGGAGGAGUCGGAUACUACGUGAGCAGUGAGGCGGAUUUCCAGAGGACCGGUCUGCAGUAAAAUAUGAGACGGUGUUACUGGAGAUGGACAGGAAUCCAAUUUACCGACCCUCAAAACAGACCCUGACCACAGUGGGGAGGACGUAGAUGCACGAAACCGGAGGCUAUGUUCAACUCAUAUUUAGUCACAGUUUAUUUAAAUUUUUUUAUAAAGUACCCAAAAAAACAAAGAAUACAUUUGCGUUUCUUUUUUUUUUGUUUACACUGUAAAGGUUUUCAAAUGAUGCAGUCACAAUGGAUUUCUCGUAUACAAACCAUGUAGUCGUACAAAACAUUUACACUGGUAGGAAGGAGUGGGUACAGAUUCUAAAAAAAUCAAAAGCAUACAGAGGUAAAGUCCGGGCAGAUGUUUUCAUAAACCCCCUUUGAGUGACAUGGCGAAACAAGAGGAUCUGGCAGUGUGCGGCUGGGUGAGGUCACAAAAUCUCACACCGUUUUAUUUUUUUUUUCAAGCAGCUUAUCUGUUAUUUAUACAUUUUAAAGAUGAAACUGCACAAAGAAAUAUGAAGCUUAUUUGCAGCAAAUUGUUUCAAGCUGUAAGUAAAUCUGUAUCAUCUCUA